AUGAAUAACUCAUGGGGGAACUCCAGCCUGGAGAACAGGAACCAGAGUGUGAACAUCACCAGGGACCCUCUGAAGAGGAACGAGGAAGUGGCCAAGGUGGAGGUGGCGGUACUGGCCAUCAUCCUGAUCUUGGCCCUGGUGGGGAAUAUUUGCGUCCUGAUAGCAGUUCACAUCAACAGGCACAAGCAUUCUCGCAUGUACUUCUUCAUGAAGCACCUGAGCAUUGCGGAUCUGGUGGUGGCCCUCUUCCAGGUUCUCCCCCAACUCAUCUGGGACAUCACCUUCAGGUUCUAUGCCCCGGACAUCAUGUGCAGGUUGGUCAAGUAUCUGCAGGUGGUGGGAAUGUUUGCUUCCACCUACAUGCUCCUGCUGAUGUCCCUGGACAGGUGUCUGGCCAUCUGCCAGCCCCUGAGGUCCCUACAUAGACGGUCUGAUUGUGUCUAUGUCCUGCUCACCUGGAUCAUCAGCUUCCUCCUGAGCAUUCCCCAGAUUGUCAUCUUCUCCCUCACGUCGGUGGGCAAUGGGGUUUAUGACUGCUUGGCUGACUUCAUCAAACCUUGGGGUCUCAAGGCUUAUAUCACCUGGAUCACUUUGUCCGUCUACAUCAUCCCGGUCCUGAUCCUCAGCGUCUGCUAUGGGCUCAUCAGCUUUAAGAUUUGGCAGAACAUUCGCCUGAAGACAGUUUGUGAGAGCAACCUGAGGCUGAGCAGCAGCAAAAGGGCCACCCUGUCCCGGGUCAGCAGUGUCCGGCUUAUCUCCAAAGCCAAAAUUCGCACAGUAAAAAUGACAUUCAUCAUAGUGCUGGCUUAUAUUAUAUGCUGGACCCCUUUCUUCUACGUCCAGAUGUGGUCGGUCUGGGACCCUGAAGCACCCAAAGAAGGUAAGGGGUGA